CUCCGAUUCAAUAUGUCAGCUACCAUGGUGGAAAAACACGUUCGCAUACGUAUUUACUUCGAAAAUGCAUUGCAGGCCCCAACAUGGCUUUUAGUUGACCACGAAUCUAUUUACACUAUCCAAGAUUUAGAAAAUGAAAUUAGACGACGUUUUCUUGGAAACAACAAUUCAAUUGUGCUGUUAUUAGACGAUUGUGUUUUACCAAAGUCUGAAAAAACAGUUAUUUUACGAGAUAAUGACCGUGUGGUUGUCAGAGAAUGUGACCAUCAUAAAAUCCCACCUGAUCCCAGUUUAUCAUCUGUAAAGGAGAAAAGGACUGUGUCUCACAAUUUUAAUAACACUGAGAAAACCAAAGAAAUUGAGCCGAUAGUAAGGGCACAAGACGAAAGUAAGAAAAAGGACAAAAAGAAGGAAAGCAAACUAUAUCUGUGUCAAUCUGAAGAAAAGAAAAAGAAGAAGAAGAAGGAAAGAGUUGCAUCUCCAGAUUUUGUUAAUGCAGAACAAAAAACUAAGAAGAUGAAAAAGAAAAGAAAACUGGAUAAAUGUGAAAAAAGUCAUGAAAGUCAACAAAGUGCCAUUAGUAGUCAUAUAAAUAUACACAAUCAAAUUAAAGAAACAGAGGGAAGUGAGCUGCUAGUGUUUGCUUGUUCAACAAAACAGGAUCAGUCAUUGGACAAUCCUGAUAAAGAAAGAGCUGAACUUGAUUCUGGGAAAACGCUUAAAAAGGGAAAGCAAAGAAAACGCUCAAGGGACUCUGUCUCUUCAGCAGUAACUACAGUGUCUCAAAAGAGUUCUAUAGAUACUGGAGGCAAUGAGGCCAACUCAGUACCUCAUGGAAAUAGAAAAAGAAAAGAUUCAUUGAAAUCAUUGACGGGUAAUGAGAUUGGAAACAAUGAGGGUGAUAGUGAGGAAGAAAGGGGCGUUAAGAAACGAAGGAGACGAAGGCGAAAAAAUAAAAAUACUGCUGAAGCAGAAGCAAGUGGAGCAAGUAACAAAAAUAAUAGCUCUUUUGACAACAAACUACAAAAACAAUUUCAUCCAAAACCUGCCAGAAAUGUUAUUAAUAUUUAUGGAACCAAAAAUAAUCAUAAAGUAUUUAACGAAUCUGAAUCGGAGGAGGAGACACCUGCUGUACAAGAAUCUGUGAAUGGAAUGGAAGAUGAUAACAUACCUGGGGAGGAAAAGCAGGAAUCAUUAGAGCAAGCCAAGAAAAGGCUGUUAGAGAAGGUUCAACAAGAAUACCACAGUCUGACGGAUAAUCGCGACACAGUUGAUAGACAUCAGCCGAUUAACGAACCUCUCAGUGAGAAUGUGCAAGUACAGACACCAUACAAUAGUGUGCAACAAUUUUCAAGUACUGAACUUAUACAUGAGAAUGGACAACUUCAGCAACAUGAGGAUGUACAGGUCAACACUGGCAUGUCGCAGGUACAGCUACAGUUAGUUAAACUGGCUAACGGUGUGCCAGUGUAUACCAGACAGAGACAGAAGAGGUACUUCAAUGCCUUCCAUGGCAAGGAGCUGUCUAAAGAGCAACAGUUAAACACAAGUCUUACCAACAAGUCCAUCAUCAUCACUAAUGACCAGCCCACUGCUAUACAGGAGCCAGACAAGGCUAAUUGUGAAUCAAAGUCAGAAGGAUCACUUCCGCCUCCGGUCCAGGACUACACAAAGUUCCCUCCACUACAGGGCACACCACGACAGGGAGACAAGAUCGCUUACAAGAUCCUGGAACUUUCAGACAGUUACACUCCAGAAGUAUCUUACUACAAGGAAGCUGUUGUCCUUAAUUUUGACCAUAAUUCACAAAUGAUAGAAAUUGAAACAAAGCCAGGUGGACCAGAUUCCAAACCCCAGGGGAAGUUUCAUCUGGAUGAUGAUGAUGACCAUCUCCACAUAGAACCAAAGCUGUCUUUGCAAUGGGAGUCACUAAUGGAAACAAGACUGUUGGACAUUGUAUAGAACAGAUGAUCAGCACCGAUUUCACAGUGUUAUAGACAGAACACAAGAUGUUAAGAUCAAUUUACAGUGUUAUAGACAGAACACAAGAUGUUGAGAUCGAUUUACAGUGUUAUAGACAGAACACAAGAUGUUAAGAUCGAUUUACAGUCACUGUGUUAUAGACAGAACACAGGAUGUUGAGACCGAUUGUACAGUGUUAUAGACAGAACACAAGAUGUUAAGAUCGAUUUACAGUCACUGUGUUAUAGACAGAACACAGGAUGUUGAGACCGAUUGUACAGUGUUAUAGACAGAACACAAGAUGUUAAGAUCGAUUGACAGUGUUAUAGACAGAACACAAGAUGUAAAGAUCGAUUUACAUUACAGUCACUGUGUUAUAGACAGAACACAGGAUGUUGAGACCGAUUGUACAGUGUUAUAGACAGAACACAAGAUGUUAAGAUCGAUUUACAGUCACUGUGUUAUAGACAGAACACAGGAUGUUGAGACCGAUUGUACAGUGUUAUAGACAGAACACAAGAUGUUAAGAUCGAUUUACAGUGUUAGAGACAGAACACAAGAUGUUAAGAUCGAUUUACAGUGUUAUAGACAGAACACAAGAUGUUAAGAUCGAUUUACAGUGUUAGAGACAGAACACAAGAUGUUAAGAUCGAUUUACAGUGUUAUAGACAGAACACAAGAUGUUGAGACCGAUUGUACAGUGUUAUAGACAGAACACAAGAUGUUAAGAUCGAUUUACAGUGUUAGAGACAGAACACAAGAUGUUAAGAUCGAUUUACAGUGUUAGAGACAGAACACAAGAUGUUAAGAUCGAUUUACAGUGUUAGAGACAGAACACAAGAUGUUAAGAUCGAUUUACAGUGUUAGAGACAGAACACAAGAUGUUAAGAUCGAUUUACAGUGUUAGAGACAGAACACAAGAUGUUAAGAUCGAUUUACAGUGUUAUAGACAGAACACAAGAUGUUAAGAUCGAUUUACAGUGUUAGAGACAGAACACAAGAUGUUAAGAUCGAUUUACAGUGUUAGAGACAGAACACAAGAUGUUAAGAUCGAUUUACAGUGUUAGAGACAGAACACAAGAUGUUAAGAUCGAUUUACAGUGUUAUAGACAGAACACAAGAUGUUAAGAUCGAUUUACAGUGUUAGAGACAGAACACAAGAUGUUAAGAUCGAUUUACAGUGUUAGAGACAGAACACAAGAUGUUAAGAUCGAUUUACAGUGUUAUAGACAGAACACAAGAUGUUAAGAUCGAUUUACAGUGUUAUAUUAAAAAUAACAAGUUUAUACAUGAAUUUCAUAAGCUGAUUAAAAUGUAUAUGUAUAUUUUGUAUUGAAAUUUUGUUUACCGUAAUACUGAAAACAGAUAUACAGAAGACUGAAGCAGUGAUUUAUAUUUAAUUGAGGAAAUAAAAAUUUCUUUUCCAGGA